AUGUGGUCGGCAUUCGUCUUCAUAUUUCCUUGCUUUGUCCUAGCUGGCUCUGCGACCUUCCAAAAUCCACUUAAAGAACAAGCAAGCCACUACAAGUCGCCCUUUAAUGCAGAUUUUGAUCAGAAGGUCGAGUGGGCGCUUAAACAUUUCAAGAUUCCUGGUCUUGCUGUCGCAGUCUCUGACGGCGAAAUCUUUUCGAAAGGUUACGGUAUUUCAGAUACCCUCACAUCUCAACCAGUGACAGAGCAUACUCUGUUUUUCACUGGAAGCACGACUAAGGCCUUCACUUCAGCAGCUAUCUCUCUUCUCGUUGAUGAUAGCAUCAAUUUCCCAGCCAUUCGCUGGAACACCUUGGUCCACACUAUUCUCCCAGCGGAUUUUGUACUCAAUGAUCCUUGGGCUACAUCGCAAAUGACGAUUAUUGACAUCCUGUCUCAUCGUUCUGGCCUGCCACGCCACGACUGGGUUUGGCUUGCUAACAUAACGCUUCAAGGUGCUGUGCAAUCAAUGAGGGAUCUUCCCUUCACGGCCUCUCCGCGGACACAAUAUCAAUAUUGCAACCUUAUGUAUUGUGUAGCAUCCCAUCUUAUCGAGACCGUGACGAACAAGUCCUUGGAAACUUUUUUGACGGAAAAUAUCUGGUUGCCCCUGAAUAUGACUGAAACUUACAUUUCCCUCUCUGAGGCGCGAAAUGCAAACCGAGAUAUUUCCCAAGGCUUUUACGUGAAUCUGGACGGUGAAUUAGUCUCCACUAACCAAGUUUUCAUUGACACCAUUCGAGGCGCGGGCAAUAUAUUGUCAUCUGUAUCAGAUUACGCCAAAUGGAUUUCGACCAUGCUGAAUCGGGGGGCACCCUUUUCUCAAACAGCUUACGCCAAAUUGUUUGGUGGUCACUCUAUCGUAUCCCCGAAUCCGGUUGAGCCGUUUCAAUCUCCUACACUCUAUGGACUAGGAUGGAUGUCACAAGUAUAUCAUGGCGAAAUGAUAUUGUUUCAUGAAGGAUCCCAGUUCGGAUAUGGUGCAUGCGUCAUGUUUCUACCACAGCGGAAUUUUGGGCUCGUGUUGUUAGGCAAUAAUAUGAAUGGGGUUAACGCGGCCGCGAAAGUACUUGCUUAUCAUCUGAUUGAUGAAAAAUUGGGGGUUCCACCUGAGAAUCAGUUUGACUGGGUUGCAAGGUAUGCAAAAGCAUCUAACUUCUUUUAG